GACCCCACCCGACGCGCUCUCCACCAGCUGCUGCACGUGCUUGCCGGCCAGCGGAGGUCCCGGAGCUCCUGGUCGUUGCCAUGGACGCUCCCCUGCAGCCAUCCCCACCCCUCGCGGCGGCGCGAGCCAGCCUCUGCUGGUGCCGCUUCUGGCCAUGGGUGUGGUGUGGGACCUACGGCCGGUUGCGGGGGCGUUUGCGGCCUGUCUUCAGUGCAGGCGGCCCUCCUCGUCCCCGGCGGCCCCUCCUCCCCCUUGGGCCACGGUGACUGCUCUUGGGGGAUGCGGGGAUGUGUCUGUGGUUGUGCCAGACACGGGGCUCCUCACGGCAGGCAUUUGCUGGCGAUGCUCUGGUCCCGACAGCCUAGGCCCGCGUCUCCCCGGUGUCCUUGGUUGUCGGCGUCUCUGCCGGGCAUCUCCGGCCUCGGUGACCAUGUAGCUGCGUCCAUUCCAGCUCACCUGGCUCGUCGACAUCUCGACGGCUAAGGCCACGGCAGUUCGGAUAUGCGUCUCUCCAGUCCUAGCUUGCCGGCGUUGCUGGACGCCGUCGUCCUACCCCCGCGUGGUUCGCUUCGUGGCUUAACCCAUCAUAUACGCCUCAAAGCCUCCUCCUUUUGCCAGAUCCAACGCCCGUGGGUUCUGAGGUGGUGCCAUCCUCCAACGGCAAGUGCAGCCCCGCCAACCCCGUCCCGAAUGGUUGUUCCGACCAACGUUGGCUUCCUCAUCUUCGAUUCCAAACUCGGCGGCUAUGGGAUUGCUCAGCUUCUGGCCAGGGAGAGAUCCCUGCUCGGCUUGUCGGUGCUGGCAGUGACGGCGCCCGCGGGUGUUGUUUCCUUUUUGGAGGCGCUGCCAAGGCCUUUAGCUUUGCCCCUCUUCGAGCUCAGGGGAAACCUUAGGUCUGGUUCCUCCGGACCGGAUAGCGAUGGCGUCUCGGCGUCGUAUUCCUUCUCGAAGGUGUUAUCUUGCUUGCUCGCGGUGUCCCCGGUGUUGGCUCGGAUGAUGUUGGAAUUCUUGUUGGUUCGGCGCUGCCGGUGGUGGUUCGGGCUUGACGGGUUUAGUUGUGAUGUAUCUUCUAUUCGGGCUGAGCAUCCCUUGUCUCUCUGCUCCAGACACCAUGUUCACGUCUGUCUGCGUUCGUGUCAUGUGUUGUAUCCUUUAUGCUCAUUCUAUUCCUUCUAUCAAUGAAAUGAUACGCAAGCAUUAUGUAUUCGCGAAAAAAAUAGGAGACGUAUAAAAACAUCUUACAUUUUGAUA